UCUUCUUCUGGCCCUUUUGAAGUAGGCUGAUGUCGCUCUCAGAGAGGUGAAAGGACACCGAGCCAACAUGACAACAUUGAGACCGUUUACCUGCGAUGAUUUGUUUAAAUUCAACAAUAUUAACCUGGACCCCUUGACGGAAACUUAUGGCAUCCCGUUUUACCUCCAGUACCUGGCUCACUGGCCGGAGUACUUCAUCGUGGCCGAGGCUCCUGGUGGUGAACUGAUGGGCUACAUCAUGGGGAAGGCGGAGGGAUCUGUGGCCCGGGAGGAGUGGCAUGGUCACGUGACCGCGCUGUCAGUGGCCCCCGAGUUUAGGAGGCUGGGGCUCGCUGCCAAACUCAUGGAGAUGUUGGAGGAGAUCUCAGAGAGGAAGGGCGGCUUCUUUGUGGACCUCUUUGUGCGAGUCUCCAACCAGGUGGCGGUGAACAUGUACAAGCGUCUGGGCUACAGCGUGUACCGCACAGUGAUCGAGUAUUACUCCGCCAGCAACGGGGAGCCGGACGAAGACGCCUACGACAUGAGGAAAGCUUUGUCCCGGGACACGGAGAAGAAGUCCAUUGUCCCGCUGCCGCACCCCGUCAGGCCGGAGGACAUCGAAUAACAGACUGUGGCUCUCUGCGUCCGCAUCACAUCUUUAUUAUCAUAUUUAAUGCGCCGUCACGUUGUACAUAGUCUCACUGUCAGAGAGCCACGCUGCACACACACGUUACCAUCAACUCUUCCUGUAAAUUCUGAUGAUUUCUUAAGAAUAAAGACACCACAAGUGA